CCAAAGUCGAGAGGAUGAAGUUGCGUAGGUCGCCUUCCGAGAUAAUGCCGUGUACUGCACCUGCCAACGACGACACGACCCUUUCUGCUUCCGUCAUCUCAGAAAACGCGACCUCAGACCUCGAAAACGCGACAAUUUCCACUCUACCGGUGGAGAUAUUGACAGAAAUAUUCUGUACGGCCUGCGAAUCCUACGAUUACACGAAAACGAAUGUCAUCGUACCCACCGCUAUCGCAUUAUCCAACGUCUGCUCGCUUUGGCGGGAUAUCACGAUAUACAACUCCGUCCUUUGGUCCGUACUCUCAAUCAACCUGCUUCGCGUUUCGCAAAAUAUAUCUCAAGCCAACUCCAUGCUCUCUCUGUAUCUCUCUCGCUCCAAAAAUAUUCCUCUCAAAUACAUAAUCUACUCUCCGGACGUCGAAAUUGUAGAAGUCGCGGGAUUCUUCAGAUUCGUUAUCGCUCUGAUGAUAGUCGGGAGAGAGAGAUGUUCUUAUGCAAAGAUACGCAUUAAACAGAGAGAACUAGCAGAGCCGUUUAUCGACAGAUUGUUGCUGACGUUCCGCAACGUCGCUGCCAUUGAUGUCGCGCCCCACUGGCUUGCAUUAGGUCCCUCUUCCGCGUCGCUAGCCCAUCUCACGAUAACUAACGCCACGACUGUCGACAUAGUCGCUUUUGACGUGAUCGCUCCUAGCUUCUCCAUCACAUCCAUCUCCUUCAAGAAUUGUGAUUUCGUUGACAUUAUGCUUGUUCUCUCCGCAAGCUGUCCCCAUCUCGAGGCACUCACCAUCCAGGAUCCGAAAUGCCCGCAGCCCCUCUCCGGGACGCUUUUAAAGAUCACUUCCCUCACGGUCAUUCUAAACAAGAAUUAUCUGGACAAUUUGACUGCUAUCCUUCUGUCCUUACAUGCUCCCAAGCUCGUUUCUCUCACAGUCUAUGUGCACGAGUGGACUCGAAUGAGUCCAAGAGUUUUUUCUCACUUUUUUCGGCGCUCGAUACGACUGGAAUCCCUGACUUUGCGGAACUGCAUCUCCCUGUGCGUGAAUACGGCAAUCUUCUCACUGGAAAAGCUGGGUUGGUUCGAUGUGCAAGUGACCUUUGGAGAUUUGGAUGCUGUUCUGGACGCCAUUGAGGCUAAGGCAUGUGCUUGGUGUCCUCUUAAGGCUGUCGUACUACGCCUGGUGCAGCUGGAGCCACAUAAUGGAGAAGUGGCAGAGAUUGAGGAGGACAGUGGCGCGGAGAGUGAUCCUGAGGACGAGAAGUUGUAUUGCCUCGGCUGUGGAACAGCACACGAUGUCGAAAUGAAUAUCGGAGAUGAGGAAGAUUCUGAUACUGAGGACGAUGGCGAUGAAGACUUGGGUUCAGACUCUAUCGAACAGGAACCAGAAAUGAUGGAAUGGAGAAAGAGACGAGUUGCUGACAUCUUUCCUAGAGUUGUCCCGGUUCCAGUGGAUCCUGAUAUGCUCAAGGCUGUUAAUAUCAGGUAUGGCCCACAACUGGACAAGCUUCGCGCCGCUGGUAUGCGAAUUGCUAUCGUCUCAAGUUGAGCCUCGUAUCAACCACGAGAGGUAGGCCAUGGCAUUAUCCUAGCUCGGGUGGCGCCUUCAUCAAUCCACCCACAGAUACUUUACUACGCC